AUGUUAUCGCAUCUCUCGAAGCAUCUGCAGAACUGUCGUGUGAUUCUGGCAUCGCAGAGCCCUCGUCGACUCGAACUUCUCCGUGACUGCGGCCUCAGCUUUGAGGUGAUCCCGUCCUCUUUCGAGGAAAACCUACCCAAAGAACAGUUCCCAACACCUGAUCGCUACGUUAUCGAAAAUGCCAAACAAAAAGCGCUAGAAGUGCUGCAUCGAGUAUCCAGUGGCAAGGAAAACCAGUCAGAUCUCCCGGUAGUCGUCAUUGGGUGCGACACUGUCGUGGUGCAGGACGGGGUUAUCCUGGAAAAACCCAAAGAUGAGCAGGACGCCUUCAACAUGUUGACAAAGCUAUCUGGUCGCCCCCACCAAGUGUUCUCAGGCGUGGCGAUUUUUACUACCAAACGAGGGAUCGAUCAUCCGCACUUGUUUUUCGAAACGACUCAUCUGGCAUUCGGUCCUUUGGAGCCCGAUGAUAUCCGAGCUUACAUUGCGACAGGGGAACCAAUGGACAAGGCGGGAGCGUACGGGCUUCAAGGUCGGGCGCGGUGUUUCGUGAAAGAAGUCCACGGCUGCAGUAACAACGUCAUUGGCUUCCCGGUCCAGCGUUUUUGCCACGAGAUCAAAGCGCUUGCGUCUCAUGGCGAACUUUGA